CGCCGCGGCUCCACCGGUUUGAACUUGGCGGGCCUGAUGUGGGCGGCGGGGCCGAGGCGGUCUGCUUCUACCCCAGUCUCCAGCCAGCCCUCCGCCGACUCCAGGCCCGGCUCUCGGCCUUCCUCUGGCUCUUUCCCAGGCGUCCCGACGGGCGCGCGGGAGGAGGGCCUGGCGGCGGUGGCGAUGUCUGAGUGCUCGCUGUCGCCGCCACAGAGCUGUAGCAACUCCACCUUGUCGCUGUUGUCGCCUCUUGGCCACCAGAGCUUCCCAUUUGACGAGGACGACGGUGACGGGGAGGACGAGGAAGACGUGGACGAAGAUGCCCCUGACUCAGAGGCCAAGGUGUCGAGCCUGAGAGGACUGGAGUUACAGGGGUGCGCCAGCAAUGAGGUUGAAUCAGAAGAUAACCAAAAAGAACAGAAACAGGUGUGCUUACAAGAAAGUAGCCUGACACCAUGGGAGGUGUGGUUUGUUGGCAAAGAAAAAGAAGAACGUGACCGGCUACAACAGAAAGCUCUAGAGGAAUUAAAUCAACAACUAGAAAAAAGAAAAGAAAUGGAAGAACGUGAAAAAAGAAAGAUAAUAGCUGAAGAAAAGCACAAGGAAUGGGUUCAAAAAAAGAAUGAACAGAAAAGAAAAGAAAGGGAACAAAAAAUUAAUAAAGAAAUGGAAGAAAAGGCAGCAAAGGAACUGGAGAAAGAACAUUUGCAAGAAAAAGCAAAAGAAAAAUAUCAAGAAUGGUUAAAGAAAAAAAAAGCUGAAGAAUGUGAGAAGAAGAAGAAAGAGAAGGAAAAAGAAAAACAACGACAAGCUGAAUUACAGGAGAAAAAGGAAACAGCAGAAAAAAAGUUUAAAGAGUGGUUGGAAAAUGCAAAAAAUAAACCUCGUCCAGCUGCAAAGAGCUAUGGUUAUGCCAAUGGAAAACUUACAGGCUUUUACAGUGGAAAUUCCUAUCCAGAACCAGCCUUUUGUAAUCCAAUUCCAUGGAAACCAAUUCAUAUGCCCCCGCCCAAAGAAGCUAAAGAUCUAUCUGGAAAGAAGAAUAAAAGACCUGUGAUAAGUCAGCCAGAGAGGGCAUCAUCUGUGAUAAUUCACAAAGCCAGAAGCAAUCUUUGCCUUGGAACUCUAUGCAGAAUACAAAGAUAGUAUACAUGGGUAAUAGCAUGCUUUUUACCUGGAACUAUUUGUUGUUAAAAUCAAUUAUUUUUUACUGUUCAGUCAGUAACUGAAAGUUUGGUGUGAUUAUUGGCAAAUACUAAUUUUUGCAUUUGUAUAUAUAGAGUUCUUAGACUUAAUUGAGGAAGAUAUUUUUUACAUUUUGUUUUUUAUGAAACUUUCAAGGGUAGCCUUGGCAUAUUAUGCAGGAUGAGCGACUGAAUAGUUAAUGAUUGUGUUUGUAUUUAGCUUAUAUUAAAACUAUACUGUAAUACCAAUAAAACCAAUGUUUUUUAUA